GGCAUCAUCACCUAAAAGAGAGGAAAAAACAUUUUGGAAACAUACAAGGUUAGAGUACUUUUUCACAUGAUGUACAAAGGAAACCUAUUUUGCUUAGAAAAGCUGCUGCAUAAUUGCAAUUUAUCUUGCCUAAAAAGAUGCUUUACACAUUUAUGCACUUCACAUAAGAGGAGUCUGUAAAUUAAAUUUUUACGAUAAAAGGUAUGAUUGCUCGUAAAUGUUUACUCCAUAAAACAAGUACAUCCAAACACAGUUCACGAUAAGCAAGUGUGUAUUUCCAACACACAAGACAACUGUGUGAUCAUGCCACGUAGCUUGUGAAAAUACACAGAUUUUAAAUUUUAUUUAUGGCUAAGAAAAUAUUGUCAUUGUGACAGUCUAAAGAGUAACCCCACUCAAAAAUACAGUAAUGACAGCAUGCCAUGUUAUUGUUUAUAAACAUUUAGAUCUUGCCAUACAUGUCCGAGGACACAUGACAGCAUCCCGCCUCGUGUGGCAUACAAGCAAUUUGAAUCAUAAUUUGUUGAUGCAAUGUGACAUGCUACACCUAAAAAAAAUACUUCAAAGCCUAUCACCUCAAAUCUCCCUCUGUUUACAUCUGCAAUUCCUUAAGUAGACAGUGUAAAACUGAGACAUAAAAAAACUACAACAUUUAAUGUGCAUUUUAACAUGCCAUGGUAUGCUCAUUCUGAUUCAUCUUUUUAAUAUCUACAUUUUGUGGAAAUAAUGGUGCAUACUCAUUAUUAUAGCUGCAUGUAAAGUAAUUAUUUUCAUUAAUAUAUGUGUAGCAACAUUUAAUGUAAAGCUUCAUAUUUAAAGAGAAAGAGCAACUUCAUGACGAAGAUACAUAUCAAACAUUAUUUCUGUAAGGAACUGGAAGAGCGUUCAGACCAGACCACUAAUUUUACUGACAUAAACUCAAUAAAGAGGCACAAUACAGCCUCAUUUUCUAACAAACUUACAUAAAACAAGUGCAAGAGAUUUUCAGUGGGACUGUAAUACAAUACAUACUAUUAUUAUAGUAUAGAAUAUUGUAUAGUAAUACUGUUACACUCUAUUAAAGGAUGCACCAGCACUCUCAGUCAGAAACCGUUAAAGUAAGCAACAUAUAUUUGCUCUCAAAAUAAUAGUAAUUAUACAAUAAAAAUACAAUUUGGUUGCAUAAAGGUUGCAAAGCUGUGGAAUGUUAGUGUGUGUAUGUAUAAUUAUAUAUUUGUAUGUGUGUGUGUGAACUUUACCGAUAGUGCAGCGUCUCUCUCUAAAGCAAGUUUAUUUAAAUAUGACAAGCUAACUAUCAUUGUACCGUUGCCUCGCACUCAAACAGAGGGAGAUCUGAGGUAAACACACACUAAUAGCGUAAAGUCGCAUCAUUUUAAACCCAGCAAUACUCCUGCCCUGUAGCGGGAGAAAUCUUGGCUUCUUUGAGCCCGAUGAGUUUCUGAUGGGAGAUUGGUGACGUAAGAGCCAUCAACAGCGACAGGCUGAUCGGGGUAGUCGCGAGGAUGGAUAGAUGGACAGAUGUUGGGGCGGAACUUGGACAUAUUUCCACAUUAUUAGCCCCUACCGACAGGCGUACGGCAUAAAUGACCAGUUAGACUGCAACUGGCAAUAGCUCAAGGAUGCGCAGCGACGUCAAAGGGUUUCCUGCGAACAGGGGAGCGAGAGGACGGAAAUACAGCUGGACGGGCUCUACAUAACUGUGGAAGUUUCUUCCGUUUUGUACUGUUUGUUUGUUGAUGAACAUCUGCUACAAAGUGUUGCCAUAAUCCGGAUGGCAGUAAGGAACAGCUAAGGACGCGUUCUCUUUCUCUCUCUAUCUGUGCCGUUAGACUGGACUGGGAGAUAUAUCUUAGCUCUUGGCAAUCAUGUUAUGACUUCUUAGACGUGUCGGCCAGCUACACCUUCACGUGACAUUUUAUUUUACAGACAUUUCUGGUCUGGAAAAAGCAACACCAUCUCAAGACCUAUUGACCCCUCUUAGACUUUGCAUCUUGACUUUUUAAAGAGGUGGAAUAAAUAAAUAAAAAUCAGACUCUGGUUGCUUUUGAAGAAAAGAGGAACGCAGUAUUACAUGUUUUGUAGUACAGUUUUUAAAUUGAUUCUUUCCCCCCGUAACUGGCAUUUUGGUUCUGUAUGAGAAGUCAAGUGGAGGGAGUGGGACGACAGCAUGCCGCGGAGAAAGCAGCAAGCGCCGAGGCGAUCCUCAGCCUACAUGCCGGAGGACGAGCUUAAGGCAGACAAGAUCGAUGAGGAACACCUGCAAGAUGACGGCCUCUCCUUAGAUGGUCAGGAUGUAGAAUACCUGUGCAACGAAGACGACGAUGGCCGUGAACAGCUGAGCUACCAGAACUCCCCACUCAGCAAUGGCACCAACCCAGAUGCUGGGUAUGGCUCACCCCUUAGCGACACCAGCGAUCACCUAGCUGACUUCAAAAGCACCUCCUCCAAAGAGGGCCAGGAUAAAGAGGAGGUCGAAGAGAUGGAGACCGAUGCAGGACUGUCCUUGCAGGACAGCCUGGCACAGAUGAAAGCUGUCUAUGCAAACCUGAUUUCAGAUGCUUCCUGGUCAAGUAUCACAAGAGACAUUAUGAAAAGCAAGCAGUUUAGUGCUAGCAGCACUACAAGCAGUACUCCAAGCAGCCACAAGGGAAAUAACAGCAUUGUGAACAGCCAUGCAAAUAACGUUGCUAGCAGUGGAGCCAGCAGUAGCAGCAAUGUUGGUGCUAGCACUAAAACAAAUGUGACAGCAAACAGCAAUUUGACAAAAACCACCACUUUAAACAAUGCCAACAAUGGAAAUAUCAAUGGUGCUAAUAGUGGGGGUGUUGCAUAUGACUGGCACCAAGCAGCUCUUGCUAAAACCUUACAGCAUACUCCCUACCACCUCAUGCCUGAACCGAGUCUCUUCAGCACAGUGCAGCUGUACCGGCAAAACAAUAAGCUGUAUGGGCCUGUGUUUACAGGUGCCAGCAAGUUCAGAUGUAAGGACUGUAGUGCAGCCUACGACACACUAGUUGGUCUCACAGUGCACAUGAAUGAAACAGGCCAUUACCGUGAUGACAAUAAGGACAAGGAGGAGGACAGGGGCAAGAAGUGGUCCAAGCCACGGAAGCGAUCCCUGAUGGAGAUGGAGGGCAAAGAAGAUGCUCAGAAAGUCUUGAAAUGCAUGUAUUGUGGCCACUCAUUCGAAUCCCUGCAGGACUUGAGUGUCCACAUGAUCAAAACGAAACACUACCAGAAAGUGCCUCUCAAAGAACCAAUGCCAGCUCUUGCCUCAAAGCUGGUGCCCUCCACCAAAAAGCGAGCGUUCCAGGAUCUGAUGUCUCCAUGCUCACCGGAGUCCAUCUCAAGCACCCCUGGUAUUCCAUUGGCAGAAACUGCACCCACCAAAGAUCCGAAGAUUUCCAACCCAUAUGUCACGGCUAAUAACCGUUAUGGUUACCAAAAUGGUGCAAGUUAUACUUGGCAGUUUGAGGCCCGAAAAGCUCAAAUUCUGAAGUGUAUGGAGUGCGGGAGCUCCCAUGACACUUUGCAACAGUUGACUGCCCAUAUGAUGGUAACUGGACAUUUUCUCAAAGUCACAAACUCUGCUUCUAAAAAGGGGAAGCAGUUAGUCUUUGACCCUGUGGUGGAAGAGAAAAUCCAAUCGAUUCCUCUUCCACCCAAUACAACACGUCUACCAGCUCCCACUAUCAAGUCCCAACCAGAUUCACCAAUACACCCCUCAACCAUGGAUGAAAGGAUGGAGUUUGAAGAUGAGAAAAUGGAGGAAAGUGAAGCAAUUAAAAUCAAGCAAGAGAAGGAAGAUCCUUCUGAGAAAAUGGAAAAGACAGAGAAGCCUAGCCAUUACAAAUAUCUAAGAGAGGAGGAUCUUGAAGAGGCACCUAAAGGCGGACUAGAUAUUCUUAAGUCAUUAGAAAAUACAGUCUCCAGUGCAAUCAGUAAGGCUCAGACAGGUACACCAACUUGGGGUGGAUAUCCUAGCAUUCAUGCUGCCUACCAGCUCCAAGGGUCUUUGAAAUCGCUCCCUGCCAUUCAGAGUGUCCAGAUUCAGCCAACAUUCAAUGCCAGCAGCUUGAAAUCUUUGACCUCUGACUCCAGUGCUCUGAUCCAUUCCCCAAGUAGCCCAUCUCCACCUCCAAACCAUAAAAGCAAUGUCUUAGCCAUGGAGGAGCUGGUGGAGAAAGUAACAGGCAAAAUCCCUUCCAAGAAGGACAGGGAUGAGAAAUCUACUGAACGCAGUUCCAAACAUCUGACUGCUGAAUUGCCCUCUCCUAUCCUGAAAGACAGAAAAGACUUGCCAAGACCAGAUGAUCUUAGCAAGCCAACAAAGAACGGCACAGCAGAUAAAGAGUUGGAGCAUGUUUCUCUUCGGGAAGGGGAAUAUAAGGAAAGCUAUGCAGAUACUCCUGUUAAGAAUGGAAUGGAUGUCCUCAAAACACCAGUCAGCAAUGGUUGCAGUAAUUUAGGAAUAAUCACUGACCACUCACCAGAACAGCCUUUAGUCAACCCCCUCAGUGCAUUGCAAUCUAUUAUGAACACUCAUUUGGGUAAGGCCUCCAAAACUGUCAGUCCACUCCUGGAUCCACUAGCAAUGCUGUACAAGAUCAGCAACAACAUGAUAGAGAAACCCAUGUAUAGUCCAGCUCAGGUCAAGCAAUUUGAGUCUAUCAACAGAUAUUAUGACAAUGACGAUGAUCAGCCCAUGGAUUUGACCAAGUCCAAAAGUGGCAAUGGGCCCAACAGUAAUUGCUCAUCUACUGUCAGCAACAGCAGCAUCACAAACAGUUCCCGGCCCAUCUUAUCCACUUUGGCUGAAUCAGUCUCAUCUCCUCUUCGGGAGAAUGCGUUAAUGGACAUAUCUGACAUGGUGAAGAACCUCACAGGUCGUUUGACGCCAAAGUCAUCAACACCUUCCUCCAUAUCUGAAAAGUCAGAUGCAGAUGGCUGUGCAUUUGAGGAUGGCUUGGAAGAUCUUUGCCCUGUUCAGAAGAGGAAAGGCCGGCAGUCAAACUGGAACCCUCAGCAUCUGCUCAUUCUCCAGGCUCAAUUUGCAUCCAGCCUUCGAGAAACCCCUGAAGGAAAGUAUAUCAUUACAGACCUAGGUCCUCAGGAGAGAGUACAUAUUUGCAAGUUUACAGGUCUCUCCAUGACCACCAUCUCCCACUGGUUGGCAAAUGUCAAGUACCAGCUCAGGCGGACAGGUGGGACCAAGUUUCUGAAGAACAUAGACUCGGGCCAGCCACUGUUUCUAUGUAGUGAUUGUGCCUCCCAGUACAGAACUCCCUCCACAUACAUAAACCACUUAGAAUCUCACUUGGGCUUUAGCUUGAAGGACCUGUCCAAGUUAUCAAUAGACCUCAUAAGAGAUCAGCAAGCAGUCACAAAAAUGUUCACAGACAAGACGUUCAGUGCCCUUGGCUUGACCGAGGAGGACUCUAAUUCCACAUUUCAAUGCAAACUGUGCAAUAGGACUUUUGUCAGCAAGCACGCAGUAAAACUGCACCUCAGCAAAACGCAUGGAAAGUCACCAGAGGACCACCUGGUCUUUGUUACUGAGCUGGAAAAGUUAGAAAAGGCCUAAAGAAAGCAGGCUGGUGGCAGUGAAGUGACUGGAUAGAGAAUCAUUGCACUACAUCACUGUACUGCACUGCGCCUGAAAUGAGCCUUCAAAUUCAGUCCAACUUAUCUUGUGAAACUGCCUGACUGGACCAUGAUCUGUUUUGAUUUAUUUUUCAAUUUUCCUUUGUUUUUCAGUCUCUUGCUUUGUAUUGUAUUUAUCUAAAAUGUGUCGGUUAUGUGCAUGUUUUUUCCCCCUUUUCUUCUUUUGAGUAAUUUCAUAUUCAAACUGAAUUUACAGUUUGUACUCUUUUGAAUUGGGAAUGAAACAAACAUGGUAUCCAUGGGCAUGUUCUAAAACAAAAAGGCAAAAGAACUUAUAGAAUAGAAUUAAUUGCAUUAUGAACACUUACUGUUCAUAAAAAAAAGACAUCAUUAAAGCACUCUGUAGUGUUGAAUGUUAUGAGAAUAUGUACAAAAUGAGACGGGCCUAUUUUGUUAAUUUGAGCUCAGAAUUUCAGAUAUUGGCUUGAAACAACUCAACUUUGCAACCCAUCGAAGUUAAAACAGUGCAUCAUAGAUUUUGUGGAGUCUUCUAAACCUCGAAGGAUAUUGAAGAUUUUAACUUUUGUCAAAAUCUUGAAUAGGCAGCUGCCUAUAAUUAUACACUUUGGUUUUUCAAAGGCAUUUCUUUAUGUUUUUAAUAAUAAUUGUUUUUGUUGUUGUUGUUUUUUGUGUUUUUUUUUUUGUUAAAUAUAAUUUUAUACAGUAGCAAUUUGAAAUGUAUGCUUUGUACCACUAUUUCUCUUUCUAUGGUUUCGCAUCAGUUUCGACAUGUAAAGACUUUGUAACAUUGAAAUCUUACAUACAGCACAUAUAUUUAAAAGAUCAGCAAAGAUGUGUACAUUUUCAUCAUCAUAUCUUGCCAGUUGCCACAGCUCAACAUUGUUUGUAUGGUGUGCAUUCUUUUAUAUUUUCAUUUUAUAUAUAGUAAACAAAAAGGAAAUAUGUACAGAGAUGUAUAUUCAGUAUAUGUGCUGUAGAACCACAAUUCAUCCUUUAGUUUCCAAUGAACUAAGUUCUCGGAUGUGGUUAAUAUGAAUUGACUGAAGGAGUUGCAUCUGUGUUGAUGCAUGAUGUGGUAGGGGGAGCCAAGCAAUGCAAAACAUGAAAUACAGAACAUUUCAAUGUUUUAUCAUGCCAUUGUGAAAAUCCCCACCUAUUCCCUAAUUUAAAAAAAGAAAAAAAAUGUUUUUGUCCAUUAAUUGUAAAAUAAAACCAGAAGCAUUUCUUGAUUAA